CAUUUUUCCUGUGUCCUAUUGUGGGUCAGGUGCCUUUCCCCGCCUCAGUCUGCCUCUGUGUGUUUCUCUUUCCCUUCCCUUCCACUGUUUCUCUCUGAAGGAGUCUCCCGCCCAGGGAAGCCCAAUCUUUCCUUCCUCCCUCCUCUGGGAUCAGGACAGUCAAGGUCUUCCUCCUAGGCAGACUUUAGCUAGCCUUUGGUCUGGGACGAGAAGAAGGGGAUGGUGACAGUCUUAGUGGAGGUCAGAGCCCCGCGGACAAGUCUUCGGCCCUGAACCUUGAUGAGCUAUGGAUGGCACCAAGAGUCUCUCUGACAGAGCUGGGGAAGUGGAGACCAGGAAUGAGGCUGAGGAGAUCCUAGCCCAGGCUGAGCGGACCCAAGCCCAGGCUGAGUUGGCCCGAGCCCAAGCUGAGAAGAUCCUAGUCCAGGCUGAGGUUAUCCGAGCCCAGGCUGAGUUGACACAAGCCCAGAAUGAGUUGACCCAAGCCCAUGCUGAGAAGAUCCUAGUCAAAGCUGAGGAAGUCCUAGCCCAGGCUAAGGAGAUCCUAGCCCAGGGUCAGUUGACCAAAGCCCUGGCUGAGGAGGUCCUAGACCAGGCUGAAGAUGUCCUAGACCAGGCUGAAGAAGUCAUAGCCCAGGCCGUGUUGACCCAAGCUAAGGAUCAAAACCAAAACCAGAUGGAAGAGAGCCAAACCAAAGAGAGUCAAGCUGUGAGAGAACACAGCAAAGCUAAAGAUCAGAGCCAAGACAAGACCAAAGAUAGCCAAGAUGAGGCCAAGGGAGAUUGGGACAAACAGAAGAGCCAAGAUCAGCCCAAAGCUCUAAAAUGGAUUUGGUGCAAAAUCCAGCAUUUCUUUAAGAAGUUGAAGGAAAUUUUUAAAUGCCUUUGUUAAGUUUGUUAUGCCGAAAAGACAGUGAAGGAAAAUUUUAAUGCCUUUGUUAUUUAUGCCAAGCCGGCCACUACUUUGUUUUAUAGGAAUUCCUGAAAAACUUAUUCAUCUGAAACAUGUCCAAGUAGGUGUAGGUAACAGUGCGAGCCUGCCCUUUUCUAAUGUCUUGUAGAGAAUGUUCUCAAGUCCCUUCCAUUUUCUCUAUUGGAGCUACUCUGUGUAGCUUGCUCCCCUGUAUGUCUAUUCUGUUGCUCUUGUCCUAGGCUCCCUAAUAAAAGUUGCUUUAAAGGAA